AUGAACUUCUUAAGGUCUCAGUUAUUCCGAAAUAGCUCUCGUCUCUACAGAUCUCAAGCCAGAGCCAUGCAUAUCCAGUCGAUUCCUAUGUGGACGGGGAAGGGCAACAACUAUGCCUACCUCGUAACAGAUGAGCUGACCAAGCAUUCUGUUAUCAUUGAUCCCGCGAACCCUCCAGAGGUUGCACCGGAAUUGAAAUCUCAAAUCGAUGCUGGCAAGAUCGAUUUGAAGGCUAUCGUCAAUACUCAUCAUCACUGGGAUCAUGCUGGUGGUAAUGACGAAAUACUGAAACAAUUCAAGGGCCUUCCGGUCAUUGGUGGCAAGGACUGCGCUUCUGUCACCAAAACCCCCGCUGAUGGCGAAGUAUUCAAGAUCGGAGACCGUAUCUCCGUCAAGGCGUUAUAUACCCCCUGUCACACACAGGACAGUAUCUGCUAUUAUAUGCAAGAUGGAGACCAGCGCGUUGUGUUCACGGGUGAUACCCUUUUCAUCGGCGGUUGUGGUCGAUUCUUCGAGGGAAAUGCGAAAGAGAUGCACAAAGCGUUGAACGAAACCCUUGCUGCUCUGCCUGACGACACCAAGGUUUAUCCCGGUCAUGAAUACACCAAGGCGAAUGUCAAGUUCUGUAUUGCUGUCUCGCAGACCGAGCCUAUUAAGAAGCUCCAGGCAUUCGCGGAACAGAACAAGGAGACACAGGGUAAAUUCACCAUCGGUGAUGAGAAGCUCCACAAUGUUUUCAUGCGUGUCAAUGACCCCGAGAUUCAAAAGGCCACUGGCAAGACUGAUCCUGUCGAAAGCUAUGGCGGGGCAAGCGAUACGGAGGCUCAGAACCACCUGGAGGUCGUCUUUUACCCCGACUCCAAUCACCGUCGCAAAUCCUCUCUCGUUACGAUGGACAAACCCAAGCUCCAACCCCGCACAGACCAAGAUGACAAGACGACCGCCUGCUACGUCCACUCCCUCAUUGCCGGCGAAUGGACCUCACCCCCUCACCAUAUAAAAGACACAGAGGACGUAAUUCGGACCCUGAAUGAUGACAAGGUCGAGUCCCCCGAUUUCGAGCCAGACAACGCCGUCUCGGUGGCCGAACGCGACAGCAUAGAGCUCGCCAAAGUCCCACCAACAAUUCUCCAAUCCCGCCAUCUCACCAAAAGACAGCUAUCCGACAUGGCCUGGAACGUGCGCAAGCUCUCCAAGAAGCUCGGCAGCAUCAAGCUCAAGCUCACCGUCAAAAACGUCUUCGUCGUCUGCAAAGCACAGGACGAAUCCCUCGUCAGUCUGACGCGGAAGGUCACAAAGUGGCUCCUCUCCAAAGACCGCGACUCCCAAUACGUAGUCUACGUCGAGCGGCGACUGGAAACACAUCCGGACUUUGGCGCGCUGCAGCUUGUACAGGACGAGCCUUCGGCGCAAGGGCGGCUGAAAUACUGGGAUCCCAAACUUGCGCAGGAAAAGCCGCACCUGUUUGAUUUUGUGAUCACGCUCGGCGGCGACGGCACCGUUCUCUACACUAGCUGGUUAUUCCAGCGGAUCGUGCCGCCUGUAUUAUCCUUUGCGCUUGGCUCGCUGGGGUUCCUGACGAACUUUGAUUUCGCGGAUUAUCAAAAAGCCCUUGAGAAUGCGCUGCGAGAUGGCGUCGUUGUCAGUCUGCGAUUACGGUUUGAAUGCACUAUAAUGCGGAGCAAGGCACGGGCGAAGGAUCCUUAUUCGAAGACGCUAGCGGAUCGCGACUUGGUUGAGGAGCUUAUUGGUGAGGAGGGAGAGGAUACGUUGACGCACACGCCGGAUCGAGUGUAUGAGAUUUUGAACGAUGUAGUCCUCGACCGAGGGCCGAAUCCAACGAUGUCUCAAAUCGAGCUCUUCGGCGACGACGAACACUUCACCACUCUGCUCGCUGAUGGAAUCUGCAUUGCGACUCCAACCGGCUCAACAGCUUAUAACCUCGCCGCUGGCGGGUCUCUUUCUCAUCCGGAGAACCCUGUUAUUCUCGUUACUGCCAUUUGCGCGCAUACUCUAUCCUUCCGUCCGAUUAUCCUACCUGACACCAUUGUUCUGCGCAUGGGCGUGCCGUACGAUGCGCGAACGAGCUCAUGGGCUAGCUUUGAUGGCCGCGAGAGGGUCGAGCUACACCCAGGCGACUAUGUGACUGUCUCGGCUUCAAGGUAUCCCUUUGCUAAUGUCUUGCCUCCAGGUGGACAGGGCGAAGGCUGGGUUCACAGUAUCUCCAAGACUUUGAAUUGGAAUUCGCGACAGAAGCAGAAGAGCUUCAAGUAG